CACUCGGGGGCGGCCCCGAGCGCGGCCGGGAACGGGAACACCGGGAUCGGGACUGGAAAGGGAGAAAAGGGAAAGAGACCGGGACUGGAAAGGGAUCGGGACCGGGACUGGAAAGAGCGGGCCCGGCUGUCCCGAGUAUCGCGACUGUCCCGGAGCUGCGGAGGCAGCGCCGGGCACGAUUAAGAAAAGGACCAGGAGCAGGACAAGGACCAGGACCAAGAGCAGGAGCAGAACCAGAAGCAGGACAAGGACCAGGACCAAAAGCAGGACCAGAAUCAGGACCAGGUGAAGGAGAAGGACACGGAGCAGGAUCAGGACCAGGUCAGCGGGCCCGGGGUGUCCGAGCGCGGCCGCUCUCGGCGCUGCUGCCGCAGCCGCUCCUGUUGCUCUCCCCGCUCCAUCCCAUCUCAUCCAAAAGCAGCGGGGCUUUUAAACAGACGCUGCUCCCGCGAGUAGAGGGAGGAAAGAUCUGAAGAAAUCCCAGAGGAUGGCUUCUGAUGCCAGUCAUAUGCUGGAAGCAGCUUUGGAGCAAAUGGAUGACAUCAUUGCAGGCACAAAGUCAGCCACAGAGUAUGCUAAUGGUGGUUAUGAUAUUGUGUCACCUGCUCCAUCAGUGUACCUGGGCACAUUUCAAAUUCUGCACCUCCUGGAAGAUCUGAAGAUGGCCCUGGAGAUGCUGGAGGACCCUCAGGAGAAAGAAGCUCUGAGGAACCAAAUCCCAGGGGCCACAGCACUGUGUCUGAGGGAGUGGUUUGAGGAGAACCUGUCACAGGUGAACCAUCAUUCAUCCAAUAAUGAAACUUAUCAAGAAAGGCUGGCACGAUUAGAAGGUGAUAAAGAGUCCCUCAUCCUUCAGGUGAGUGUUCUCACAGACCAGGUGGAAGCUCAAGGAGAGAAAAUCCGGGACUUAGAAAUCUGUCUGGAGGGGCACCAGUUGAAGCUGAAUGCUACAGAAGAAAUGCUCCAACAGGAGCUGCUAAGUCGCACAUCGCUGGAGACUCAGAAAUUAGAUCUGAUGGCUGAAGUUUCAGACCUGAAGAUUAAGCUGGUUGGUAUGGAAAAGGAGCAGAGUGAAUAUGAAGAGAAACAGAACAAAGCUGAGGGUUUGCUACAGGAACUCAGACACCUCAAAAUUAAAGUGGAAGAACUGGAAAACGAAAGAAAUCAAUAUGAGUGGAAAUUGAAAGCAACCAAAGCUGAGAUAGCCCAGCUCCAGGAGCAGCUGGCUCUCAAAGAUGCAGAGAUAGAACGUUUGCAGAGUCAGCUCUCCAGGACCUCCUCAUACACUGAAGUGGCAGAAAGAGAGGAAGUUUAUAGGAGAAGGCUAAAAGAAAAACACCAAGAAGUUCAGAGGUUGAAGAUAGGAAUGGAGACAUUAUUGGCUGCAAAUGAAGAAAAGGACCGUCGGAUAGAGGAGCUGACACUACUGCUAAGCCAGUACAGGAGGGUCAAGGACAUCAUGAUUGCAGCUCAUGGCUCUCCUGUCUCUGGUGGCUGUGAAGAGGAACUUGAGGCAACUUUCAGGAAGUGGAAUCUUCUGAAUAACUCUCAAGGGGAAUUACUGAAAACAGAGGCCUCUGCAGGAGAGUUGUCACCAGCUGUGCUCCCCCCAGUGCCACACAAAAACAUGGAAAUCAGUGGAAGCAGUCCAGUACCUUCAAGUAAUUUAACCUCUCAGCAGGAAGACUCUUUGGAAGUCACAAAUAGGGCUCCACAGAAAAAAAAGUCCAGUAGUUUAGAAGACUUGCAGAGUGAAUCCUUGGAAAAGUAUGUAGAUGGAAAACCAGCACAGCCUGUUGUAGAACAAGAGAGUAAGCCAGUGGGGAAAGGCAGCAAGUACCAGACGCUGCCAGGAAAGCUGCCCCGAGCCCUGCAGAACGGGGAGCAGGGAAUGUACAGCUCCCCAGAGGGAUGUGGCACCAGUGACAACGAUGACAGCAGCGUCCCUGGCCUGAAUCGCGGCAGGAGUGUCAGUGCACCCGUGCUAGGGGAAACAGAGAACAUGGAUGGUACAGUGGUCUCAGAUGACCUCUCACCUUCGGGAACAGAUUCAGGUCCACAAUCUCCAUGGGCUCCAGAAAACAGAAAGAGUCCAAAAGGGAUCAAGAAAAUCUGGGGAAAAAUUCGAAGGACUCAGUCAGGUAACUUCCCUGCAGACGACCUGGGGCUGGCAGAGUUCCGGAGGGGAGGUCUGCGGGCAACAGCUGGACCGCGCUUAUCCCGAUCCAAGGACACCAAAGGCCAGAAGAGCGACCACAAUGCCCCCUUUGCUCAGUGGAGCACUGAAAGAGUUUGUAACUGGCUGGAGGACUUUGGCCUGGGCCAGUACGUGAUUUUUGCCCGGCAGUGGGUGACAUCAGGCCACACGCUGUUAACUGCCACUCCUCAGGACAUGGAAAAGGAAAUGGGAAUAAAGCAUCCACUGCACAGGAAGAAAUUGGUUUUGGCCAUUAAAGCUAUAAAUGCAAAGCAAGAUGAGAAGUCUGCACAACUUGAUCAUAUCUGGGUGACACGGUGGCUUGAUGACAUUGGCUUGCCUCAGUACAAAGACCAGUUUCAUGAAUCCAGAGUAGAUGGGAGGAUGUUGCAGUACUUAACUGUGAAUGACCUUCUCUUCCUGAAAGUCACCAGUCAGCUGCAUCACCUGAGUAUUAAAUGUGCCAUUCACGUGCUGCACGUCAACAGCUUCAAUCCCCACUGUCUGCGCAGGAGGCCGGUUGAGGAGAACAACGUCUCUCCUUCCGACGUGGUGCAGUGGUCCAACCACAGGGUGAUGGAAUGGCUCAGAUCAGUGGAUCUGGCAGAAUAUGCACCCAACCUUCGGGGCAGCGGAGUGCACGGGGGCCUGAUCAUCCUGGAACCUCGCUUCAACGGUGACACGCUGGCCAUGCUCCUGAACAUCCCACCCCAAAAGACCCUCCUGCGGCGCCACCUCACCACCAACUUUAACGUGUUAAUUGGGCCAGAGGCACAGCAAGAAAAAAGAGAAACCAUGGAGUCAGCAGCAUACACACCUCUGACCACCACUGCCAAAGUUCGGCCAAAGAAACUUGGAUUUUCGCAUUUUGGAAACUUAAGGAAAAAGAAGUUUGACGAAUCAACAGACUACAUUUGUCCUAUGGAUACAAGCCCAGCUGCUACAAAUGGUACUUCGAAAAACUACGGUGGCUACAAAGGACUUAGUCCUUUCACUGACAGGGAACUGGAUCAGAUGGAACACUCAGAAGGCACAGUAAUGCAAAUAGGGGCUCUUUCCCAAGGCAUAACCCACCUCACGACGUUGCUGAGCCAGGAUGAAAUGCUGAAUGACAGCAGGUUUUUAACACCCACCUUUGAAGACUGGAGAUGAUGCUUGAGCAGGACCAAGAUCACAGCUGGUACCUCACGCCUGCAGGAGUGGCCAGGAGCAGCUGGAUGCCGUGGAGCAGGAAAGCUUUGCCUUUUUCUGCCACUGCCACCUCCCACCUAGCACUUCCUACUGUCAGUGUAGCCACAGCUUACAGGUAACUCUCCUCUGUGCUGUUUUCCCACAUCAUGUAACAGGAAACAGGAGUUGGGAGAGGAGGGGGACUCAGAUCCAGAGUCUGGAAAGCCAAGACUUGGCAAUGCUUCUUUCAUUCACUUGACUUUUACAUGCUAUGGUGAUGUACUGUUAGGUGAAAGACCUUUUGUAAUUUUUUAUUUUUCUAAUUAACUUGUAGUGCAGGAAUCAUUAACACAUAAUUGUACCACUGGGGCUAAUCAGAGCUGAAUGUUGGUGAGAGCAGCAGCAAUGGCUCACUCACCACUUCUGUGGUCGUGCCAGACUGGUCACCAGAAAGGAUUUCAAUCUCUCCUCCCUUUCACUGGCACCUGUCCUGCCCUCUCUUUAUCCAAGUCAGUGCACUGCAGGAUGGGAAGAAUGGAACACAGUGCUGUGCAUCCAGCCCUUGCUUUUAUUAGGAUGACAAGCUGCCUUGUUCACAAAUCCUUACCUAAGGCAAAAACAACUGCAGCAGGAAAUUGUAACUCUGAGACUACCAGGAAAUUACCAGAACAAAACAAAGAUUUAUUUCUUUAAAACACCUGACAAAAUAAAUCUUUUACUGCUGUACUGGGCUAGACAAGACUGUAUCAGAGGGAAGUAUGGCCUCUCACUUUCUGAGGGGCCCAGGGUGAAAUUGUCCCCUCUACAGCACCAAUUACUUGUGGCAUUUGUUUGCAUGUACAUCUCCUGUAUCAAUGAGCCAUUAACAAGCUCUCUUAGUAAACAGAUAAAUGCCAGGAAAAAAAUCUCCUGAAUUGUAAGCUCCAGGGCUGGCCACAGGAUGCAGCAAGGGCUCUUUGAGAACCACCUGGGGUGGUUUUUACACGUGAGCCACCCUGGUCCUCACUUCACCAGCCUCUCAUGGCACACCUUGCACUGUAUGGUCAGCUGGAAGAAGAUAAACACGAUUUGAUUGUCCACAGGGGUAAAAUCAAGGCAAAUUCUUUUCAAUCACUGCCAAGUGAAAAAAAGGAAUAUUCAGAAAAAUGAGAAGUAAGUCUUUAAAUCUUUCAAAUUACUGAUGUUUUUUAAAUUACUGAUGUUUAAUAAAAGCUAUGAAAUGUACCAGUCUGGCAAUGCAGUCAGUGCUAGUGAGCAGCUCAGGUACCAUGGUCAUUUAAAAUACUUUGUCAGGUCAAUUAGCCAACAGACUUAUUACAGCACUGCAAAUGGGAUUGGCUGCUCCAGCUGCCCUGGGAUAUUCCAAACACAACACUUCCUAUUUUCUUUCAAUGCUGUAUUUGCAACUCAGUGUGUUGUUGUGCUAACUUGGCUGUGAAUAGUCAAUCCACAAAACAGUUGAUUCUUCUUUUAAAUAUAUGUAGUAAGAAAUCCUAAUUAGCAUAACACUGGUAUAAAUGCUUAUUUUUUGACUGUUAUGAAUAAAUUCUGAAUGUUCC